AUUAUUUACCUGGAACUAUUUUCAGGUUGCGAUUUAUAUUGAUACAGCAAAAAUGACGUUGCUGGGUACACAUUUUCCAAGAGAAGAAAAUGGAUAGGCCUGAACGAACCAUGGGAGACGAGACAGAUAGUUUGAUUGCUGGAGCAGCUUGGCUGCAGAUCCUUUUGAACAGUCCAGAAAAAGAAAUCAUCAAAAUGAUACAGCGAAACCCCCAACUUGUGUCACAGAAAAUAUCAUUAACAUGUUUGGGUCAGUUGAAUGUAAACGAGAGCCCAGGAAUGUAGAUGUUCCCGUCAUCUAGAGACUUUACAAGGACAGGGAAGUCAGAAAACAGAGGACCUGUUAGCGGAGUUUCACAUGUCAAUACUGCUGGGUGUCUGUCCACAUGUUCUGUCCAUUCUCCACAACUAUGAUGAAACAUCUUCAGAAUCAACAGCCAAUAACCCUCAGAUCUUAGAAAACAUUCAUGAACUGAUAUCUCGGUUGUAUAAAAAGCAUAAACAUUCUGCUGGAGUCAACAUGAACCAGAAUCUUACUGAUCCCAGUGAACGUUCUGUGAGGUCGUUCAUGCUCAAGUGCCUUGUCCCGUAUUCGUGCACAGCCAGUAUUUCUGCUAUUCACAUAGCAACAGCUCUCGGAAAACACAAACUUCUUUGGGAAAUUUUGUCAGACAGGGUGACACCAGUCGGCAGUUUAUGCUUUCAUUUUGAAUCUGGAUACCACAGUGCUUCUCCAUUUCAUAUCGCUGUGUUGCAUAGACAGUAUAAUGCCAUUGAUAUUCUGGGGAAAAAAUUCCCGCAAAUGGCUUGUAACAUGGAUCGACAUUUUGGCCGAGGAAACAUCACCCCAUCCACAUUGGCAGCACAAAUGAGUGAUCUGUCUGCUUUGCGCCACAUGUUGAAAUACAAAACUCCUGUUGAAGGUUUGAACUCUCGGGCAUUGCUUGCUUCUCUUGAAAACCGAUCGAUGGACUGUGCUGAGUUUCUUGUUAAAAAAAAGCAUGCUCGCCUAGACAGCGUCUUGAAUCGAGACGUGCCCUGCAUCUUUGAUUUACAGGAGUCGGAUCAAACCCUCAAACUACUUAAAGAAUUAAUCCUUAACCCUGCAGAAAAAAACUUCCUCAAACUUUUGAUGGAUUAUUCUUGCUUCCCUGUCAACACGGUUAUUUCUUUUUGCAUCCACCUAGAAGCAAUCAAGACAACGGAAUAUCUACUUAAAUCCACAAAAGCAGCCUCCAUGACACGUUCUCCAAAGUACAUGUGCCUGCUUACCAUGGCAACUUUCAAAAACUCUCCUGGUCUUCUAAGUGUACUGAUCCGCUAUAUUGGACCAAAACAUUUACCCUUGUAUACAAUCAAUUCCCCUCUCUACUGGGCUAAAGUUCUGCAAUAUGACAAAUGUGAAAACAUCCUGGCAAAGUCAUUAUUAGGAAAUAAAGGAAAAUUUGAAACUGACAUGGCAUCAAAUCCUCCAUUUCCUGCCCUAAUCCAGGAAUCCAGAGCUGUAGACAUGGACCUGUUUGGACCUGUGAGGAGGCUGAAGGACGUUGGUCAUGACAUCAAUGCCACCAUUGGCUUAAGAGUAUCAUGCUUGGACGAGGCCACAUAUGAGAGAGGUCCUUUUGCUUCAGUUAAAAAGUAUGGGCCACUUGUUAGUCUUCUGCUAGAACUAGGAGCAGACGUAUUUGCUACAAAAAUGUAUAACGUCCCAGAUCAAGUGAUGCACCCUCCGAUGCUGUUACGCCUGCUGUGGGCUAAUGUUGAUAUCUGCGGACCACAACAUACUGGAGGUACUGUCUCGGGUCUGCGUAGCUCCACACCUCCAAUUAUGCCAAUGGUCAAUUCUUCAAUGCAGUUGCUAAUCCUACGUACAGCCCACACUAUUUGCAAAGACAAUAUUGACUUUUUGAGGUCCAAAUUGGGGGAUUAUGAUGAAGAUAGUACAACAUAUGGCGACCUCGCUGACCACCUUAAGGAAUACAUUGAUAGCCCACAGCCACUGCUACGUCUGUGCAGGAAUUCCAUUCGAAGAUCAGCUGGCAUUCAUCCUACACAAGUUCCUGGAGAGUCAAACAUUACCAAAGAGACUUGUCAAUAUAUUGACACUGAAAGAUGAUUUGGAACCGCAUUGGCAGGGCAGUGGAGACACAUUUUGGAAAUCCUUCUAUAACAGGUUAUGAAUUUUCCCACCUGAUUUAGGAUGUACAAUUUGGCAGUUACUUGUAUGAUGAUCCAUGGAAUCCAUGUCAAGGGAGGUAAUUCAUCACAGGAGUCCCAGGAUAUAUUGUACUGUGAUUUAGUUGUGUACAAAGCAGAAUUUUAUUUGAAUUAUAUCAAAACAAAUCAAUAAUGCAAACAAAUACAUUUUUAUAUCAUGUAUGUAAAUAUUUAUUUAAUUAACAUGAGUAACAGUAAUGCAAUAUUAGAGCUAUCUUUAGCUGAACUUGUUCAAAGGGCUGGUGUCCAGCUUAUGCUAUGGGACAGUGUCCGCUGUCUGUCGUCCAUUUCGUUUAAAUUGUUACUAGUCCUGAAAACCUGAAUAUUUUUUUAUUUAAUUUUGUAUAGAGCAUUAUUGGGCAGAGGAAAUCCAAUGUUUUACAAACGGGAGGGCAUUUCUCCCUUGGGGCCAAAAGGGUAGGGGAAAUUAUCAAAUAUAGCAAAAAA